AUGGAUCCGUUCAAUGCCACCGGGAUGGACGCGUUCACUGUCAUCCAUCUGAAUUCCUCCUGGAGCGCGGACAGUGGAUAUUCUUUGGCAGCGAUCGCCAGCAUCGCCGCUCUCGUAAGUUUCCUCAUCCUCUUCACGGUUGUUGGGAACAUUCUUGUUGUGAUCGCGGUGCUGACGAGCAGGGCGCUGAAAGCUCCGCAGAACCUCUUUCUGGUGUCUUUGGCCACCGCGGACAUCCUCGUCGCCACUUUGGUGAUGCCGUUUUCCCUCGCGAAUGAGCUCAUGGGUUACUGGUAUUUUGGGAAAGUUUGGUGCGGUAUUUACCUCGCUCUGGAUGUUUUAUUCUGCACGUCUUCUAUUGUCCAUCUGUGCGCAAUAAGCCUGGACCGGUACUGGUCCGUUACGCAGGCUGUAGAGUACAACCUGAAGCGGACUCCUAAGCGCGUCAAGUGCAUCAUCGUUAUAGUGUGGCUCAUCUCUGCCUUUAUCUCAUCCCCACCUCUCUUAUCAAUAGACAACAACAGCAACAUCAGCUCCCAGCCUCAGUGCGAGCUCAAUGAUGACACCUGGUACAUCCUCUCCUCCAGCAUUGCCUCCUUCUUUGCCCCGUGCUUAAUCAUGAUCCUGGUGUACAUCAGGAUCUACCAAGUGGCCAAAACCAGAACCAGGAGCAUGUCGGGAAAAGAGCCGAGGCCAGAUGGUGUCACACAAACUGAGAAUGGACUGAGCAAAGCCAAUUCCCCUUACCAUGGCGACAAAGAAAACGGUCACUGUCAGUGCCCGCCUACGCCCAGCCAUCGCACAGGCACCAUGGGGCACCAGACUGACGACGCAGACAUGGAGGAGAGCUCCUCCUCAGAGGGCAAAGGUCACAGACCUCAGAGACAGGACUCCCAAAAAGCCAAGAGGAUAGGCCAAAAGAGGAGCUCCCUCUCCAAACAGUCCACACGCAUCUCCAGAGUCAGUAAUAAAUCCAUAGACCUCUUUGCCUCCAGGAGGAAACGUCGCCGGAGCUCCAUAGCCCGGAAAAAGAUCUCCCAAGCCCGGGAGAAGAGAUUUACAUUCGUCCUGGCUGUGGUCAUGGGGGUGUUUGUUGUGUGCUGGUUCCCCUUUUUCUUCAGCUACAGUCUGUACAGUGUGUGCAGGGAGUCCUGUAAGAUCCCUGACCCCCUCUUUAAAUUCUUCUUCUGGAUUGGUUACUGUAACAGCUCCCUGAACCCUGCCAUUUACACCAUCUUCAACCGGGACUUCAGACGCGCCUUCCAGAAGAUUCUCUGCAAGUCCUGGAAAAAAUCCUUCUAG